AUGGGGCCGUUGGAUUUGAAGGAAGCGUAUGGUAUCGCUAAACUAUCCACGCCACCAAUCCUAGAAGAGGAAAUCAAAAGGCGUUUUGACCAAUUUGGUGGGUCGGCGAGGCUACUGUUCAAUGACCCAAAGGCGGCGCUGGCAAAGGUUGACGAGGCAUUUUCCGCGGGAGCAGAAGGGAUAAUUGAUCCUAACGCUGCCAACCCAACGAUGUCCAGUAUUCUGGUGCACAUUCUUGCCAACAAUGAAUUCGAGCGUACAGGUCGUCAGUUUGCUUCCGAUACAAUUGCAUACGCCAUGAUUGAUGCACCGAUUGACAAGAAGCAACUCGAAGAAAGAAUCUGGUUGGAAGCAACAUCGGGAAGGGUUGCUGUGGACAUAGCAGGAGCACGGGGGAUUUUGGCUGAGCGCCUUUGGCAUCGUGCGGUGAAGCAGCCAGGGAACAUCCUUGUCAGGGAGCUCACACAGCCUAGAGCCACAAACAAGGAUGGAGAAUGGAAGAAACUCAAGGAAUUUAGUGGUACCACACGUCGAUUGGCGGACGCAGCAAUGACGGACUUAUUGAGGAUGGACGUUGGUGACUACUGUUUGCCCACCCAUAAGAUGUUCCCGACUGUAGAUUCGCUAGCGGUGGUAAAGGGGGCUCCCUGGAAACAAGCAGACGACGAUGACGAUGAUGUCGACGCUCCGAUCAUUGGCCUCAUGUUUCAAAUGGCGAUUGGGAACACGCACAAGAAGGCUUACAGCGGGACCCUGAAAGCGAUUGAUCAGAAGAUGGGCGACCUUGUUCCUGGCUUCAAGACUGGUGAAUCACCUUUGUAUUUGAUAUAUGUUACUGGGAACGCUGAGGGUUUUGGACCGAAUCAGCUGAACUACGCAAAAAACAAGGAAGGCCAUGCAUACGGUGCGCUCCCCUCGGAUUUGAAGCGUAUCAAGCAAUUUGCGGUCUCUUUCGAGGGCCUGGUGAGUAAGAGGUGA